AUGCUUCCCGAUGGAUCGUUGCAGCCCUGGCACAGCUCGCUUAUUGCGCUUGCGAAGACACCGCACAUUAUUGUCACUGCCAGCGGAAAAUCAUACAAAUUACAGGGUACCAUCGAUGCCGAGGGAAUGGAAAGUGGUGGCUGGUCCGCUGGUACAAUUUCUCUGUUUUCCAAUGGGUUUCCUUUAGGCACAGCAUGGAUCCAGGCACUUUCACCUGAACUUCAAUUGGAAGUCCGGAAAAAUAACCGCCAGCGAAUAUUAUCGCCACCAUCACAAAACGGCACUUUAAAGCCAGAAACAAAAGCCACGCCAAAGGAGCUCCUUUCUAAUGAAAAAAAACCGAUUUUGUUAUCAAAGGAAGCUCAAAAGCCGCUCAAAAAGUCGCUAAAAAAGACAGAGCAAAUGGAUUUGUCACAUAUGAAAGACUCCGUCGACGGGGAAGUCUCCACAGACAGGAGAGCCCCUACAGAGAGGAAAGCCCCUACGGACAGGAAAACACCCACAGGCAAAAAAGAUUUUUCAGAUAGGAAGAAAAUCAGUAGAAGACAAUCAGAGCCUGCCACACUAAUAGAACCUUCUUCAGUCCCCCCUAGCCAUACGACAAGGUCGGGCAGAAAAGUAUAUCCUCCACUCGCAUUUUGGGAGAAUGUGUAUUUGGUGGGAACAGGCGUCGGAGGCCAAUCGCAUCAGAUCAUCCAGGCGGACUCUCCAGCGAUGCUUUCGCUUUCCAGCCGCCUUUCUUUAAGUUCAAGAUCCCCAUGA